AGACAGAAUGCGACUCUCACUGUCUUGUAUGCUUGUAUUUUCGUGCAAUAUUUCCAUAGUGUUCUCCAUGAUCGAUGUAACGAAACAUCCUAGCUGGUCACUGUUGGAGCACAAUAACUGUGGUAAUUCCAACAGCGAUCGCAUUAUCGGCGGCAAAAAUGCGAGCCUCGGCGCAUAUCCUUGGAUCGCGAGAAUAGGAUACAGCAUGCCUAACGCGCCUGGCACAUUAAGCUACAGAUGUGGCGGCACGAUCAUUAAUCGACAAUACAUAGUCACGGCUGCCCAUUGCGUGGUAAAUCUACCCGAAAAUUUCAAGGUGGGUGGAAUUUGUUUGGGCGAGCACAACACCCUGACUGAUCCUGACUGCGAGCAGGGAUAUUGCGCGGAGCCAGUGCAGGAUUUCUUGCCCGAAUCAGUAAUUGUUCACAAGGAUUACAACAAUCCGAUGUACAAGAAUGACAUAGCGAUAGUGCGGUUGAACAAGCCAGUGGUUUACAACGAGCACGUGAGGCCAAUUUGCAUGAUGAGUGGCAAACUCCUCAAAAAGAACUUUAUCGGCGAGACGGCAGAAGUCGCCGGUUGGGGAAUUUACGAUAUCAAUGAUCCGAAGCCUAGCACGAUCUUGCAGACGGUCAAGCUGCCGGUCGUCGAGAUGGAUAGAUGUGUGAUGGCUUUCAGAAGUUAUGCGGAUGUAUCGGAGAACCAGCAGAUGUGCGUGGGCGGCGUCCCGGGUCAGGAUUCCUGCGGCGGUGAUAGCGGCGGGCCCCUGAUGAAAGUGGAGAGCCUGGACGGGUCUCCGAAAUAUUACUUCAUCGGCAUCGUUUCCUUCGGUACAAAGUCCUGCGGUGCCUCCAAGACGCCUGCCGUUUAUAGCAGGAUCGCCGCAUAUACUACGUGGAUCUUGAACAACAUGGUCCCAUGAAGAUAUUCAGAUAGCGCUCUAAUUGUAGAGAAAACAAAACUAUAAUCUACUUGAUAAAUCUUUUAUUUUAUCGAGA